AUGCCUAGAGGCCGUGGUCGACAAUUAUCUACUGAGGUUGAAGGCCGUAAUAUGGAUUCUCAAUAUAGAAGGUUAGAGGCGACAAAUGAAAGGUUACUAAAAAUUCUGGAGGAUCAGAAUCGUAAGGGUGAACUGGACCAAGAAAGUGAAUUGUUUAGAAGGCUUGGAGGGCAUAGACCACCAUUUUACAAUGGGGAAUCUGACCCGGUUAAGCUAGAAAACUGGAUUGACCAGAUAGAGAAGGUUCUAGAGGUUGUUAACUUUUUGGGGGAUCUGAUGGUCAAGAUUGCCUCAUUCUAUCUUGAGAACACUGCAAGUAUGUGGUGGAAAACCGUGAAGGCUGAGGGGGACAACAUUGGGAUGACCUGGGAAGAGUUUUUGGCAAGAUUAAGGACUAGAUUUUAUCCUAUCUCCCUUCAAAGGAGAAAGGAGGGUGAAUUUCUCACUUUAUCACAAGAGAAAAUGUCAGUUUUAGAAUACUCAGCCAAAUUCAUGGAAUUAUCUAGGUUUGCGCCCGAUUUCGUUGCAAAUGAUCAAAUGAAAGUCUCGAGGUUCUUUGAAGGGCUAAAUCUGAACUUGCAGAAGUAUGUUACGAAGUAUCGGGACUUUCAGGACUUAUUUGACAGUGCUUUAGAACAAGAGAGAGUUCAGGAAAAGAAAGAUAGGUUGAGCCGAGAGAGGGGGAAACAAGUAGUGUACCCAUCUAAGAAACCGAAAACCGAGAGCCCCAAAUAUCCAUACCAGAAACCCAGUGGUCACAUUACUAGGGACUGUCCUAAGGGAGGUAAUCCAAAUAAAAUUCCACUUGAAAAUAAAGGAGGAAAGUUUAAUAACAAUCAGAGGGUGGUAGGUCGAAUGUACGCUAUGGGAAGUGAAUCCGAGUUUCCUGAUGAACGUGAACCUCAAGGUAAUGUCAUUUCUGGUGUCCUUAAAGUUUGCAAUCAAUUAGCUUAUGUUUUAUUCGAUACCGGUGCCGAUUAUUCUUUUAUUUCACAUAAAUUUCUUCAAAAAGUAAAAUUUCCCCUUAGCUUUGUAAGCAUAAAUUUAAAAAUCGAGAUCUCUGAUGGAUCCCAAUUUUCUUGUAAUAAACUCUAUAAAAACUGCCCUAUUGAGAUUUCUCCCCAAAUUUUAAUCGCGGAUCUAGUAGAAUUUGAGUUGUGUGAAUAUGAUGUCAUUUUUGGUAUGGAUUGGUUGAAAGCCUAUAGUGCUAAGGUUGAUUGUCGAAGAAAAACAGUAAGUUUGAAGUCUGUGGAUGAAAGUUGUGUAAUUUUUAAGGGUAGAGAGCUUAAAACAAGUCAGAGGUUGUUCUCACUUUAUAACAGUUCAACAGAGGGCUAUUUAGAAGAACUUGGGCAUUUAUGUUAUAUUUUGGCAGAGAGUGAAGGAGAAAAGCAGGAUUUGAAGAGUAUUCCUGUUGUUGCAGAGUACACUGAUGUUUUUCCUGAGGAUUUAUGUAGCUUACCACCUAAGAGAGUGGUCGACUUUCAUAUGAUUUGA